UCUGUCCACGUAAACAUCCUCUCAUUCGCGAUCACCGUCGCAAACGGCCGUCAGUCGCCAGAAGAGAGAGAAAGAGAAGAGAGAGAGAGGUUGGGGCUUUUCUCUCUCUUCUCUUCCUUUUCUGUUUCUUCAUGGCUUCUACUCCACACCCAUAAUCGGCCAUGUUCCAAAACUACCCCUCCAAAACCAUCCCACAACGAUCCGAUACCGCUCUCCCAAAUCCAUCCCACACCAAUGCCUUCGUCGACUCCCCUGUAGCCGUUCUCUCCCGCCCCUGUUCCAACAAUGUCCGAUUUCUCCGCCUCUAAUCUCUACUGCGGCGAAGACGCCGAUGACGUGGCCUCCUGGGAUUCCGACACGUGGACCCCGCCGUCAGCGGAAACUGUCAGUUCCCCAUCCGAUGACGACCGUCCGAUUUCAUUUCUCCUCGAUUCGGAGCUCCACCAUAUGCCGGAACCCAACUAUCUCCAGCGCUUCCACGAUGGCUCUAUCGACGCAAUCGCCCGUCAAGACGCCGUUAUCUGGAUCCUAAAGGUGCAUGCACACUACCGUUUCCGCCCCGUAACGGCUUAUCUCGCCGUUACCUACCUAGACCGUUUUCUUUCCAAAUACACCCUUCCGCGAGGACAUGGGUGGCCUAUCCAGCUUCUGUCCGUCGCAUGUCUGUCCAUUGCAGCAAAAAUGGAGGAAACGUGCGUUCCCGUUCUAUUGGAUUUCCAGCUGUUCGAGCCAAGGUUCGUCUUCGAGCCCCGUACGAUUCGACGGAUGGAGCUUCUAGUCAUGGCCAAUCUCCAAUGGCGAUUGCGCUCUGUUACGCCGUUCGAUUUUGUCGAUUAUUUCACUCGGAAGCUCGCGAGUUUCAGUCCGAAUCGGAUCUCUUCGCGCGCUUCCGAUCUGAUACUCUGCACCCAUCAAGACAUUAAUUUCGUGGGAUACCGUCCGUCGACCGUAGCUGCGGCUGCCGUGCUUCGUGCAGCGGGAGAAAUCGCCGGUUUAUCGGCGGCAGAAUAUCGGAAAUCGUCGAGUUUUUACGAGUCUCUGAGCGAGGAAAUGGUGAGCCGCUGUCAGCAACUAAUGGAGGAGUACUUAAUCGCCACGUGUCGCUCCGGUCGGGCCAAAGCACCGCAGAGUCCGGCUGGCGUGCUGGACGCAGCUACCUGCGGCAGCUGCGACACGCAGAAGUCCGCCUCUGUGAGGCCGGAAGCGAGCCGAGCCGAGCCGCCGAAGAAGCUCCCAAAGCUGCGAUGUACAGAAACUGUGGAGACAGACGCUCGUGAUAAAAGCCUCCUUUGAGAGCUCACCCCCUCAAUAUUCAGCCCUCCCUUUAGUGCUAGAUACAUCUUUUAUUUCCACUUUUGGUAAUAAAACAGUACAAAGCCGUACUCUUCUAUUCCCAAUAGUAGAAUAAAAGGUCGAAUCUAUCAACAGGGUGGGUGUAGAUAUCAAUUCCUUAAUCUUUUUUUUUCCUUUUUCGAGGAAAUUGGAUUUUUAAAGUUAUUUUCGCUGCGGGAUUAUGAAGACAGGUUACGGGAUUAUUAGGGUUCCUAAUUACCUUUCUAUCCUUAAUCACCUUAUUAUUAAUUAAUUAAUUAAUAUUAUUGGAGA